AUGUACUGCCCCCACUUAAUGCCGGCCACCUCAUCCAGCGAAUUGUCCCGUCAGUCCACGGCCAACGAGAGCAGAGCUGCCCCCGCCGCCGCAGGAGGGCCCGAGGGGUGCGCGACCACCCGCACGAUCACGGACUGGGCGCCUUCGCCGGCGUCCACCCCUAAGCGCCGUGUCGUUGCAGUUAACGCCGACGCGCAGCUGCUGCUGGCCGAGUUGCUGAAGGUCUUUGUCCGAGAAGCGGCGGCACGGGCAGCUCGGCAGGCUCAGGCAGAGGACCUGAAGAAGGUGGACACUGAGCAUCUGGAGAAAGUGUUGCCACAGCUGCUUCUGGAUUUCUAGAGGCCUCCUGAAGCACAGGUCACCUGUCAGCAGACAGUCCUGACCUGACUCAUGUCUCUGCCUCAGAGACACUCCACGAGAAAGUCUCAACUUUUUCUCUCUCUGCCAUUUUGCUUCUGUUUCCUCUCACCUUUACCAAGCACAACAGAACCCAAAGCAACGAUGCUGUCGAUAAUAUUUUUGAGAAGAGGCUGCCACAGGCUUAUAUUUUGUUUAGCUGAAUGCAUAGCAGGUUUCCAUCUUGCUGCCUCACUCCUGUAACAGAGGCCUGUAUUUCACAACAUGGUAAGAUGCUGUUGCUUUCUCAGAUGUGUGAAAUGUGAGAAAGAGGUGCUGCUUCACAGAGGUGCAUGGGAAGAAGAUUUAAUGGCUGGAAAUAUCAUCCAACCUUCAGGCUCUCAAUGCCUCAAGCAGGCAGCUGUAACAGCAACUCCAGGUGCAGCUCCAAGCCUUUCCAAUGAAUAGGUCAUUAACAGGAGCUUAGGCACAGGCUCUUGCCAAGAGCAGGUAACUGAUCUUUAUUUUAUAAAUAAACAGUGUCUGUCUCUCACUACCUUCCAGUAUUUCUCCAGGGCUGUGACAUCAAAGAAUGCUUGAAACCUUUUAACCAUUCAGUAUUUCCCUCAGAGGCUGCUCCCCCCGCUAUAAAUUUGUUCUCACAAAGAGACAUCAGUAAGUUAAAAACAAGUCUCCCUUCCUUAUGUAGGCUCUUUGCUGCAAUUCAUCAUCAAAAGUCAAGUUGCUUCAAAGACUUGCAGAGUCUUCCCCUCACCCACCCUCUUCCCUAAAUCUUUGUAGGACGAAAGGAAAAAAGGACAAAAUAACAAACAGCAUGUGUGAGAAUCCCACAUCACGGGACAGCCUGGCCCCUCUGGCAGCGGGGGGGCCCACUGUGAAAUAAGAAACCUUACACAUGUGGGCAGGACUCACACAACCCAGCUGGCUUUGCUGGGAAAUGCAUGGCUGGCUGCACGGAAAAGUUUUCUUUCCCAGGCCUGCCCGCUGCUGCCUCUGACUUACUGCAGGAUCAGCAUUAGUGAGCAGUCUUUUUCUCAGCUACAGCUGUGACAGGCAGAGGCUCAGAGGGGCUCACUGUGCACUUUGAGCUAGGAGCUAUUUGGGUCAUCCCUCCCUCAGGACACCAAGCACUUGGAAACCUCACAAAACCUGUAGUCUUAAUACACAUUUUGGUGGCAGUACCCAGCUCUCAGCACUGCAGCUCACUGUCUCAGUGAGACAACUGUUCAGCUGUACAACACAUGCAAUGAAGGAACUGACCUAGUUCAGCCUUUAGCCCCACAAUCACUGGUAAAAAAAAGGCAAUAGCAAAAAAAAGAAAACCAAAAAAACAAGUGAUACUACCUUUGACUGCCCUAAAACCCCAGGGAUGAGUUCAGCUACUAUAGCAGCAGUGGUACUGAAACAAAACCAGUUCAUCAGGUAUCUGCAGGUGCUGUUCUUUGGCAGGGCAGGAAUCCUUGUAGCAAGUACCUUAGUGAAGAGCCCUCUGUUUUAAAUGUGAGGGUGUCCUGUCCCCCUUAAAGAAUUUACUCCUACUUCCUUGCCUUUUCCAGAUUUCAGAUCCUCAUCUCUGCUUCCACUCUGACUGCUACUGAAACAGCAGUCCCAAAGUUGCUGCCCUAAAAAUGCUCAAGUUCCCUUCCCUGACACACAGAGAACCGCUGAUGUGGAUGUUCACAGUAAAGCAGCAAUUGAAUAGCAGCAGCAGCUAAAAUUAACUCUUUGUAUCAGGAAAGGGAAUAACACCUCUUGUCCAGCUGUUGAAGGUAGCAAUUUUUCAUUCUUGUGGUUGAACUGGAUUUGAUGCACAGCUGAAUUACACAAGGGACAAGCAUGGACAGAACUGCCUGAGGAAACACAGUCAGCAGUGUAAAACCCCUACACUUAAGCCAUGAAACUGCCCCAGGAAUACUGAUCUUGCUGCUUGUAUCCCUAAACCUGUUUUGCCAUGUCAUGUACUUGCAGGGGAUACUUACAGUGCUAACCCUUUACAAAAACUGGCAUAAUUACAACAGCUAAGCAAAUCAGUUAAGCAGAUUGUACUGUUUGAUGUCACCUGUGUUCUUCAAAAAACAAGGACUAGCACAUCUGAAGGCACACUGCAACUUCCUCCCAACCACACUGCUUCUGCAUAUUCUAAUCCUGGAAACCAAAAACACCAGCAGAAGUAUUUCACCACCUGUCAUUAGCAAUGGCUCCUGGUUUCCCCACAGAUAUCCUGUAUAAAUUCAGCAAGGCAGCUCCAGCUACUGCCUACCUCUGAUUUGUGUAACAUGAAUAAGCCUGAUACAGCACCUGAACCAAGAUACCAACAGUCCUAUGCAGCGUAGGCUCACUUAAUCCACUAAACAGUAAUAAACUUUAAACAUUAUUUGACUGUU